UAUAACUUAUGACUGCAACAGAAUGUGGUACAAUAAUGCCUCCUAACUAACUGGUACUGAAGAUGUACCCUUGAGGGGAACCACCACAGUGACAGUUUAGUGCAAUUUUUUUUCUAAGAGUGCACACACACACACACACACACACAGACACAGACACACACACACACACACACACAGUCGCGAGAGGAAGAGGGCAAGGCGCGCGCACAGCAUUUCCUCAAAGAGCAGCUGCACACAGCAGAGCUGUUCAGAUCCGGAGCUUCAGUCUUCGAAGAGGAGGAAAACAAAGUCAGAAGAGCUCAGAAAAGGAGGAAAACGAGGCAAACGGACCCUUUCUAAACGGCAUGAUGAUCACAUGAGCUCUCCCUGCUCCCUGCUGACCUUCUAAUGGAUACAUUGCUGUUUUUUCAUCACUCUUACUAUCUCAUGGCUCGUGAGGCUGAUUCAAGCUGAACGAGACGAUGUCGAACAUCACGCAGGAGGGCGCAGACUCCUACGUGUGCGUGCGCGUGUGGGCGUCUGCGGCAGCCUUCCUCAUCCUCUUCGUCUUUAACCUGCUCAUCAGCUGGACAAUCGUGCGUGAGCCGCGCCUGCGCGGCCACGCGCGCUUCGUGCUCGUCCUCCAGCUGCUCGUGUCUGCGUCCGUCUACUUCGCCCUGUGUUUCGCCUUCUACCUCCAGGCGGACCUGCAAGCGCGCCUGCCCGCCGCCUCGUGCGCCGCGCUCGUCACGGCGCUAACCACGAGCGCCUGUAGCAUCCUGCUGACCAUCACGGCCAUGGCGCUGGACCGCUACGCGGCCAUCUGCUUCCCGCUGCGCUACGGCUGCGCGAGCCGGGGCGCCUGGCCGUGGCUGCUGGGAGCGUUCACGUGGGCGCUCGCCGCCGUCAUUCCGCUCAGCCUUUACAAAAAUGUGCACAAUAAGGCCUCGGAGUUGGACUUAUGCGACCGCAACACGCUGAAAGGCGGCGAGGUGCACAAGAUCCUGCUGAUCUCCGCGUGCACGCUGCUGAUCCUGUACAGCUACGCGCGCAUCCUGUGGGAAGGGCGCCGCCUGGGCGUGCUGAACCGGCGCAACCGCGCGGCCUGCAGGACCAUCGCGCUGCACGGCACGCAGCUGGCUGUCUACAUCCUGCCCAACUUCGUGAACUUCGCACUGUACGUGCUGACGAGAUACAGUUUGCUCAGCCCCGCCGCCAAGGAGCGCUUCGCCGUCAUGGUCUUCGUCUUCUUCAGCCUGGCGCAGUGUAUUGCGCCCGUCGUGUACGGACUGCGCAAAGAGGAGCUGCUCGAACAGGUGGGACACCGCUUCCCGCGCCUGAACUGUAAGCUCAAGAGCCUCCUGGAGUGGACAGUCGGGGUGGUCCGUCCUCACAGAAGACAGCAAAGGGAAAGAAGAAUGACAGCAGAGACGCUUCUAUCGAGGGAGAUAUCACAGACGACUGUAUGAACACUGUGCAUGGAGAAUGGACACUGAUUGCUUUAAUGCACCUAAAGAAGGCUUAUUCCUUAACCGAACUGUGAAAAGAUUAAACGACCAGAGGAUGGACUUAUUUACAGACCGAACAAUCUUAAAGAAAGCUUAUUCCUUAACUGAACUGUGAAAUGUUUAAAAGGCCAGAGAAAUUACUUAUUUAUGGACUGAACAAUCUCAUGUUCAACUAAGUGGCAGCUAUGUGGAGCAAAGCUGAAAGCCUACAGUUUUUCUCAUUAGACCUUUCUCCCCUAGAAAGCUCUGCUCCAUCUCCAUGGAUGCUUUGGCGUUCUGUCUGGACUCCUCUACUGGAAUUUCUGAGAAUAGUAACUGUUUGUACAGUGUCUUUUAUAUAUUAAAACCCAAUUUAAAUUGC